AAUACCUAACCGCAAAUACCGGCCGACUUGUCGACUGACCUGACUACCUCUCGGAAUCUCACGGCUUACUUGCGUAUAACCUCGAAAGGCUCCUCUGCACGUUGUAUAAUUCUCCGGAAACGCCGGAUAGAAUCCCGAACCGGAAACAGUCGAAAAGGCCGCUCCGUCCGUGGGUGAGGGGGGGAUAAGACAUCCACAAUGACUCGCGCUCGAUCAUGGUCCGCCUCCUUCACCAGCAUCCUCUCCUCAAAGUCCUCUUCCGACUCGCGAGAUAAGAAGGACAACGGAACAGGAGUAGGAGGAAGGAACCGCCUACGACGCGAAACUUUGAACUUGACCCCGGACUACGGCAUCGCGACGCACGUUACCGCCGCCGACUCCAACUCUCCUACCUCGACUACGCCCCCCCACCCGACUCUCACCAAAUCAAGACCGGCGUCGAGGCCGUUGAGCAUCAUGCAGAUCGCGCCGUCCCGCGUGGAGGUCGAGGAGGAUACGCUACCAGAGCUGCAGCCCGCUUUCAAUCUACUCAACAUACAUUCGGAGAAGUUAUAUACUGAGGGUUAUUUCUUGAAGCUGGCAGAUCUUACACCGGAUGGAAAACCGAAUGCCGACAGAACGUGGAAGGAAUGUUUUGCGCAGUUGCACGGCACAGUGCUGUCGUUGUGGGAUGCUGUGGAGUUGGAAACAUCGGACCAGGGCACCGGCGUCGCGCCAAUGUUCAUCAAUCUCACUGAUGCGUCCAUCAAAAUGAUCGAUAAGAUGCCGACACAAUCACCGAAUAUCCCUCCUCUCACCAAUGUCCUGCGCAUAUCUACAGCCGGACGAAAUCGUUACCUUUUCCACUUUAAUUCGCAUCACUCGCUCGUUCAAUGGACGGCCAGCAUACGGUUGAGCAUGUUUGAGCAUGCUAAGUUGCAGGAGAUCUACACUGGCGCGUUGAUUGCGGCGAAGGGAAGAACAUUGAACGGAAUCACCCAGAUUACGGCCAAGACAAACUUCAAGUACGAGGACUGGGUCAGAGUGAGAUUUGGUGCCGGUACUCCGUGGAGAAAAUGCUGGGCCGUCAUCACGCAGCCCGACGAGAAGGUCAUCAAGAAGGCGAAGGCUGCCGCCAAGAAGGCAGGCAAUACUUCGUAUCCACAGCACCCGAUUUUCAAGGGAGACAUUAGAUUCUACGAUUCCAAGAAGAGCAAGAAGCAGGCUCCCAUCGCGACCAUCGUGGAUGCAUAUGCAGCGUACGCGAUGUACCCGCAGGCCAAACAACUCAUCGACAUGUCCAGCUUGAUCAAGAUUGAGGGCAGAAUAAGGAUCCAUUCGGACGAGCAGUCGGAGAGCGAAGGCUUCGUGUUUCUCAUGCCGGACAUUCACCCGGCCAUCAGUGGAUUCGAAACUCUGCUGCGGUGCUUGUUCCCGAUCUACGACACAUUCGCCCUCUACGGACGGCCUGGCAGGCUGAUCCCCGAUAAGACGGAUCCUAGGAGCCUGAUGUUCGCCAUGCCCGUCGAUACCAGCCUGCAAUGCGGGUAUUUAGAGGUCGUGGACGUUGUCAACAUCGUCGUGACGGACGGAAGCAAGAUCAAGUUGGAGUCGGAAUGGAGGGACAGGCUGAAGGGCGCGACGCAAGAAAAGAUCACCAUGCUGUUGGAUCGUAGGAGCAGGCCACGCGCAAGCAUGCCGCCGGCACCACGCAUCGCCUUCAACCCCGGAUCGACAUCAUCGUCUUCCGGUCAAUCGCAGCAGGCAGACUAUCCUCCGCAGCAUGUGCCACUGACUCCGGGAUUGAUUCACCAGCACAACAGAUCGGCCUCGGAGGCAACUGGAUUCAUGAACUAUCGGGGACAGAAGCCAACAGCACCGACGUCUUACUUCGCGAACGCUUCUGGGAGCAGCAAUAACCGAUACGACAACAAUGUCCCGUCCUCGGGCCACAGUGAGACCUCGUCGGACGAUAGCCUCUUCCAAGUCAGUCCCGCCGCCCGUCGUUUGCAGCAACAGACCAACCAGCCACCGCCCGAGCCCGUUCCCGUAACACCUACUUCGUUUCGCCCACCAAGCUCAAGGCCGCCGCAGCUGCCGUUGCCAGACAUAGAGACUUCCAGCAACAUGUUUGCUGGGGUUGUUCCGCCCAGGAAUCCAAGCUUUUCCCACGGAAAACCGACGGUGGCUCGCAAGGCCGUACCGACCAGUCCUACCGGUCAACCACCGCAAGUCGCGCAACAUCGGAAUGGAGAGGAGAGUCAAUUGGAAGCACCGCCCGGGUUUGCACUGCAGUCUUCGCACAUAGUUCUUAGAGGCCCGCCGCCCAGAAACGACGAAAAGGAAGGAUUUGAUGACGAGUAUGCGGACUACCCGCCGCCAGGGAGACCGAUGUCACAAGAGUACACCGAUCAAAUACUCCGAAAUGAGCCGCAAGCCAACCAGGGUCCUCCAGCGCCUGAAUACACCGAACACAACCGUUCGUGGCAGCUGACUCCCCCAUCCGAGAGAGAUUACCGCGAUAUGCCUCCUACUCUCCCGCUGUCGCAACGCAAAACGCCUCCUCAAGCCAACAGCAGGACUCAACCACCACCUCUCAACACGAAUUUUAGCCAGAGGUCCGUUGCUGCUGCUGCUGCAGAGAACAAUACUCCCGACAGCACCACUGAUCUUCCGCAUCUGAUCGACCAGAAGACGCUGGAUAAGAUUGGACCACAGCGACGGGACAGUCGUCGUUCAGUCGAGAGUUCGUCCGAAGAUGAAGAUACUCUUGAUCGUAAGGCGAUUGCAAGAGUGCAGAAGGUUUUGGCUGGUGGUGAUAGCGACAGCGAAUACGACGACGAUGACAAUGAUGAGGAAUCGGACAAUGAGCCGGACUACGCAAGCAGCAUCGAUUCGCGUGCGGCAGCACCAAAGCGAGACGCCGAUUUGCCUCGAGCUGGACGUAUGAAGAUCGUGGGCCAGAAGCCGGAACCCGAGGUUGUCAUCGGUGAUGUACACUAUCGGCCUGGUUCCUCGGGAAAGCCACUCGAGCCGACGGACAUCCCAAAGGUUGAUUUUGGUAUGACAUUCAGCCACGGAAGAUGUCUGUCGACGGAUCUGAAUGCGAAGGGCGUUCCGAGGAGUACUGUUGCUGGGGGUACUGUUGCUGCGGUUGAGCCCGAAACCUUCCCAACUCCGCAACGGGGUACAGUGGUUGGUGGUGGUGGUGGCAGCGGUCGGGGGAAUCAUAGUCGCGCACCCUCCAUGUCGUCUGGGGGAAACCGCGAAUCUCCGAGUUCUGAGGAACACUUGGGGAGACGGAGGAGUAUGGCAUGGCAGCCUGGUAUCGUGCCGCCGCCAAACAACAACACCGACCGCACCGCCGCUGAACGAUAUGUUAGCGAGAGAGCUGCGCAAGCAGCCGCCACCAGCCAAUCACGCAACCGCCAACUGCAUCACAGGAAGCCAUCCAGCACCGCGCCGACCCCUCAGCGGAAUCAGUCGGUCGAGCAUCUUCCCACCAGGCCGGCUUCCCGCGGCCCCAAUGCAGCCUUCAUGGCCCACGGCCUCGUGUCGGCACCGGAUCUCUCGACCCAUCUCUCGGCGCGCGAGCAGGAAUACGUAGCUCGUGUGACUGGCUCGACGCUCCUCCACAUGGAAGGUGUUCAGACCAAUAAUCCGCCGCACAGGGCGGGCCUCAUCGGAGCCAUCCAUUCGAGGGAGACGGAAAAGCAGCAGAUCAAGGAAUCGUUCCAGCGCGGAACUUCUAGCAUCACGGUCGAGCAAGAGAUUGCGAGGCGGCAGCAAAUGCAGGCGGCGAAGGAACAGGCCAUGAGGGCGGGAAGGACGCCGAGUCCCAGGGCAUUCUCGACGACCAUGGACCAGCAGCAGCAGGGCUACUUCCCGCAGCAACAGAUUCCGCCGAUUCCGGCGCUGCCCCCGCCACCGCCGCCGCAGCAUCAGCAGUUGCAGCAGUUCCAGCAGCAGCAACAGUACUUGCAGCAACAACAGUUGUUUCAGCGCCAGCAGUUCCUCCUGCAGCAGCAGCAGCAACAUCAGCAGCAGCAGCAGCAGCAGCAGAUCUUCUACGCGCAGCAGCAGCAGAUGGGGUAUGAUUACUCUGGUCAACAGGGACAGGGACGUUGAAUACCGAGGAGAGAUUCAGCGAAGAAUGAGUUGAUUAUUGUGGAAUUUUCUUUCUUUCUUUUCUUCAUUGUAGAGGUUGCAUUUGUUGUCAAGUACCAAAAUCUUGCAAUUUGAGCGUUUGGGUUUUG